CCACACGCGGAGGCGGGGAUGGGCGGCGCAUGCGCAGUGCGGCGCUGGCGGCGGGGCGGGAUGGUGGCGCCGCUGGCGGGCCCGAGCCGCAGGCGGCCGCCCUCUGGCUCCCCAUGACAAGCAGCCAGGAGGAUUUCUUCAGGGACUACCUCAAGAUGUUGGCGAACAUCGUCAUCCUGAGCCUGCUCAUCUCGGUCUCUCUGGCGUUCUGGAUCGUGUCCAUGACUGCGAGCACAUACUACGGUAAUAUCCGACCAAUUUCUCCGUGGCGCUGGCUUUUUUCAGUCACAGUUCCAGUAGUGAUUGUUACACAAGGUUUUAAGAAGAGGAGUCUUGAUCACAGUGGUGCAUUGGCAGGAUUGGUGGUUGGAUUUAUCCUUACAGUUGCAAAUUAUAGUUUCUUCACUUCUUUGCUUGUAUUUUUUGUUACUUCUUCAAAACUUACUAAAUGGAAAAAAGAUAUAAAGAAACGUAUAGAUUCAGAAUACAAAGAAGGUGGGCAGAGGAAUUGGUUGCAGGUAUUCUGCAAUGGCGGUAUUCCUACUGAGCUGGCUAUCUUGUAUAUGAUAGAAAGUGGACCUGGUGAAAUUCCAAUAGACUUUUCAAAGUAUUACACUGCAUCGUGGAUGUGCUUAUCCCUUUUGGGAGCUUUGGCGUGCUCUGCUGGCGAUACGUGGGCAUCAGAGAUUGGUAGUGUUAUGAGUAAAAGCAAGCCAAGGUUGAUAACGACCUGGAAGCAAGUUCCAGUAGGUACUAAUGGAGGAGUUACACUGGUGGGCCUGCUCUCAAGUUUUCUUGGUGGCAUGGCAGUAGGUAUAGCCUACUACAUAACACAGCUCGUUUUCGUGAGUGAUCUGGAUGUGUCGGCUCCACAGUGGCCAAUUAUUGUGUUUGGAGCAGCAGCUGGCUUACUGGGAUCAAUUCUUGAUUCAUAUUUGGGUGCUACAAUGCAGUACAGCGGUUUUGACAAGAAUAUCAGCAUGGUUGUCAGCUACCAAACAAGAGACUGCCAGCACAUAUCUGGAAAACCUAUAUUAGACAACAAUGCAGUAAAUCUUUUUUCCUCUCUACUCGUUGCUCUGGUUUUUCCAGCUGUGGCAUUGUGUUUCUGGCCAAGACGUUGAAAUGGCUUAAGGCUUUUGGCAUGUAAUCAGUUUUGUUCAGUCUUUCUUAAAGUGCUCUUUGAGCACUCUUAAAGAAAGGGAUCUGAACAUUUGAGAGAGCCAAUGGAUUUCCAUCUCAACUUAUGUAAGCUUCGUAUGGCAGCAGUCAUCUAUCAGGACAAGAAGUUUUGUUAAUUUUGCUGUUGCUCUUCUUUGAGUGGGUGCAGAUCAUUGCCAAGUGAGGUAAAGCACUUUGUCCUCCUGAAACCUAAGGAUUGGCUUCAGUGGUCUCAAAGGAGGAGCAAGAGGCUGGAAAUGGAAAUGUGAUCUACGUCUACCAGGGCGUUGGAGCACUGAAGCUAUUGUCCAAGCCAGGCCCAAAUCCUCUGCAACUUUGUGUGGGCAGCAAUAAUGCAGGUAGAAAGGAUGAAUUCUGGUUUAGUAUUCCCUAUAAUCUGGAGUAUGUAAAGUUGUAUGGAAAUGUUUUGGGGAGGAAAAAAAAAAAAGGUAAGCCUUGUUGCCUAUUCUAUAUCCUGAUAAAACUUUCUCUUCCCUGAAAAUGCAAUUGUUAAAAAUAAUAUCAUUAUGUGACAUUUGGAGCAAAAGACUAUGGUUAGAAUUAAAAAAAAAAAAAAAGGUGUUUGCAGUAAGAAUAAUAAAUUUGCCCAUGUUUAUUUGAAAUUGUUAUUUCCUAACUAAUUAAAUAUAUGAAGAUUAUUAUCACAAUUGUAAUGCAAUAGUUAUUAAAUUAUCUGGAAUUAUCUGGAAUUCACAUUCAUUGUUUUAUAAAUAUACAGAUUGUCUCUGUAAGCACAGGAUUGCUAUUUAGAGUUCUGAGCAAACUGUGUUCUUUGGUUCCUGCAGAGCAGUGUAAGUUUUUCUUACUUCUGUUUGAGGUGGCUAUUCACAGAUGAGAGUCUCAACCAAAGAAGGUACAGAGGUUAUCCUCAAAGUGAGUAGAGAAAGUUUCAUUGACAAAUCAUUUCGAAGAGUUUUAGUGCUUUGUCUGCUAUGUCUGCUGGUUCCACCUCUCAUCGUUAAUUAUAGAAGAUGUGGAAGUUACUGAGCCAGCAUAGGUUGUAUUUAAACUUCAUGCAUACCUUCAUAGUAACUGGAGAUGUUCAGAAGGUAGAGCCCUUUCUGUUAACUUGAAAGCUUCUUAUUUUUGUCGUUAGAGGUAGGUGAAGAUUUGUAUUAAAUAGCUGAUUUUUAGUUUAUCUUUUCUUUUACAAAUGUUGUGUGUGUCUCCUGUCCAAAUUCAUUUGGAUGGUACUCUGUCACUUUUUCUGAGAAAGUUCAAAGAUUUUAAUACUUCCACAUUGGAUUUAUUGAUUUGAAAUUUACUCUACAAGUCUGGAAUUCAGCACUGGAACUGGUGAACUGUAUUAUCCAGCUUUUUGAAGGUAUAAAAGCUUUCUGAAAAGAACAAGUUGUGUGGUUGCUGUAUGUCAGCCUUUCUGCAGAAAAGCACACAAUCAUGAAAGGAAUGUAUGCAGUUGAUCUGUAGCAAGGUAUACAUGAGUUGUUUCUGUUUGUUUGUUUUUUUUUUUUUAGUGGAUUUAUGCUGCUUCUACAUAAAGACUGUGUUAGUCAGCUUUUAGGAUUUUAUUAAUACUUCUGUAAUGUUUAGAAUUAAGAAAUGCACAUUUUUGUAAAGUAAUUUUUCUUUCAAUUGAAUGCCUUAUUUUUUUAAUAUUAUUUCAGUUCCUGAAAUAAAGUCUGCUUUCAAAUACUGA